AUGGAGAAUGCCUCAGCGCCGGCGAAUUAUUUUAAUCUGAAGGAAAUGAAACACAUUGUAGAUGCGCUAGAUAGAAAUAAAAAAGUAUUUCCCAAUAUUCUAAAUUGUGUAGGAAAUACUCCACUAGUAAAACUUACAAACAUACCAAAAGAAGAAGGCUUGGAUUGUGACAUUUAUGCAAAAUGUGAGUUCUUGAACCCUGGUGGAUCUGUUAAGGAUAGGAUAGCAUAUAGAAUGGUUCUUGAUGCUGAAGAGAGAGGUAUAUUAAAGCCUGGAAAAUCUGUAAUUAUUGAGCCCACUUCUGGUAACACUGGCAUAGGUUUGGCGCUUGCUGCAGCUGUUAAAGGGUACAGGUGUAUAAUAGUGUUGCCUGAAAAAAUGUCAGAUGAGAAAGUAAAUACCCUUAUAGCUCUUGGUGCUGAGAUCAUCAGGACCCCUACAGAGGCACCAAGUGAAUCACCCGAAAGUAAUAUAAUGGUUGCAAAAAGAUUAGUUACUGAAAUUCCUGAUGCUGUGUUAUUAGAUCAGUACAAUAAUGUGUGCAAUCCACUGGCUCACUACGACACUACAGCAGAGGAAAUCCUCUGGUCCCUGGACGAUAACGUAGAUAUGGUAGUGAUAGGUGCUGGCACGUGUGGAACCAUAUCUGGAGUUGCACACAAAAUUAAGGAGAGGUGCCCCAAAUGCGUGAUAGUGGGAGUCGAUCCAUACGGCUCGAUACUCGCGCAGCCCGAAGAACUGAACGCUAGUGAUGUCCAAGUCUAUGAAGUUGAAGGCAUUGGUUAUGACUUCCUUCCACGAGUUCUAGAUCGUACAGUAGUGGAUAAAUGGGUUAAAACUGAUGACUUGAAAUCGUUACCCAUGGCGCGGAGACUCAUUAAAGAAGAGGGUCUUCUAUGUGGUGGUAGCAGUGGAUCAGCAAUGUGGGGUGCCGUACAGGCAGCUAAAAGCCUUAAGCGUGGACAGCGUUGUGUGGUUAUAUUACCUGACAGUAUCCGAAACUACAUGACGAAGUUCAUAUCUGACCAGUGGCUGGAAGUCAGAGGUUUCAAGUCCGUACCAAGUAAUGACAAGUUAUGGUGGUGGAAUAAACCUUUGAGUGAAGAUUUGGUAAAGGUUAUUCCUUCAAUAUCGGAGAACAGUUCUCCCAGUCAAGCUAUAACAAUGUUGGGAAAAAGUGACACAUCAAUUUUGGCUGUAGUUAACGACAAAGGAUCCAUACAAGGGAUAUUUACAGCAGAUUAUGCUAGACGGAGAUUAGCUAAUUUAUCUGGUUCCACUAAAGAAGGCCUUGACAAAUUUAUCAUCAAAAAGUAUUAUAAAGUCAAUCUCAACAACAAACCUUCAUUUGGUGCACUUUCACGAAUUCUCGACAUAUCCCCAUUCGUUGUUGUAGUGAGGACAGAGUCUACUAUUGAAAAACCCAAAGGUAUUUUUACUUCAGAGAACCUUAUUAGUUUAAUAACAAAUGGAAAUGUAAUGAAUGGAAAUGGUGUUCUAUCUGAAUAG